CAUAACCAUAUUGAUAACAAUCAGUGAUAAUAACCCCAAUGAACAAGAUUAAUGGUUAAAGAAAUUGGUCUUAAUAUAAAUAAUGGCUACAUCACUCCUCAUCAUAAUAAGAAUAAUAAUAAUCACAGUAGCAAUGAUAGUAGUCAUAAAAGUCGUGGUAACAGUCCCAUUGAUGGCGAUAUCAACAAUAAUGACAGCCCAAUCGCAACUCUGACAGUUAUACACUUUGUAACAGUGAUGAAAACGGUUCCAUAGAGAUACCCUGUUCAUACCAACCCACCACACUUCUCACCCCAAUCCGGAUGGAGAAAGCGUGCCCUGACAGUGGCUGGAGAGCGGCGCACAUAAGGUAAGUUAAAGUAACCGGUAAGUAAAGGUAACAGGUAAGUAUAGGUAGAGGGUAAGUAUUAUUACAUAAUAUGGUUAUAAUGUAUAUUCAAAGGAUUAACCGGUGCGAGUUGUUUUAACAUCAGGUAAGGAGAGGUUUCGUGAGUCCGUAGCAGAUCAACCCGUGGUUCGAAUGUCAGUAAGUGUUUCUUGGGGAGUGACAGGCGAGUGGAUGGGUAGGGGGCCUGGUCAGUUUACCGAGUAGAGGUGUUAUGUCCCAGGAAGAAGGAAGUUCCCUCCUCGUCCUCAGCCCAGCCGUUCCCAUUACUCCACAUCGGGAGUUCAAAACCCGGCAUAACGCCUCCAUAAUGCCAGGAUAUCCCUGGCUGUGUCGGGGGUCCAAUGAAUCCCAUCCGUCGUCCUCAGACGGUCAGCGUUUCGCACCGGUGGGAUCCGGUGAGGGGACGCCUCAAUGACAUCAUUAAUUCUUGUGGCGUAGUGCCAUUCCCUGGGUGCCAAGCCGGAAGGGACAUUUAGCAUAGCCAUGCAAACCAAGGCUUGAGGAAAGGUGGUACGGGCUGUGUCAUACAGUCCUCGGAUCUCACCGGUCAAUAUGGUGAAGUCUUUGGUCGCGCGGUCAUUGAGUCCAAAGUGUAGUACCACCAGUCUAACCCUUGGGGAGACGGUGUCCUGUGUCUGAGGAGGUGUAGGGCGUGGGAGACCCUUGCUCCUGGGAAGCAGUCAACUUGUACCUCAGGGUCCAGGACUAGUGGGAGUCGGCCCAUGUUGGAGGCCCCGACAAUAAGUACUGGUCUCGUCGGUGAAAGGGACCAGUUCAGCGUCUUAUUGCCCCCAUGGUCGUGCCUACAGAAGAGGCUCGUAGUCGCAGGAAGUAGGUCAGUCGGGUGAUGUUGGUCAGAAGGGCUGGCGGACUCCCUCCUUCGGGGUGGUCCCAUCAUCUGUGCCAUUGAGUCGGUGGGGAGGGGCUCGUGAGCGGGUGUUGUCGGUCUAGCGUCUGGUCGGUUGGGUAGCGUCCCUGCAAGAGUCAUUCUUGCGGCGGUCGUCUCCGAGUGGGUUCUUUUGCGUGUCGUGGGGGGGGUUUUGGGCACGUAUUGUUGGGUCGAAGUCAUCGGGGUUGGUUCAGGUGAGUCAGGCGGGUCCGCGUCGGGUUGGGUCCUACUGGUGGGGCAGAGACCGAAACCCCCCAGGAAGCAUCCGGCGGGUGCAAUAACCAUCGGGCCCGUUUCUCUAAUCCCAUCCACUAAGAUCUCUCGGAUAAAGCCGUCGUCGGGAUCGAGGUCAACUAAGACCAUCCUCCCUCUGGGGGUUGGUCGGUUGUCGGUAGGAGGUGGGCCCCUAAGUGUAGUUGUCGUAGUCCGGGGUCCGUUAGUAUGGAGGGCCCGCGUGGCGUCUGUCUCUAAGAGGGGGGUCACAGACGUCGUCCCCGUUGCCGGACUGGGUAGCAUGGUCGCUGUAGGCGACGUUAUUGUCACGACAGAGGGGGGUUCGUCAGUCAGAUAACCCCACCAGUCUAUUUCGGUGUCCGUGUCCUGAAGAGAGGGGCAGGGGGUUGUUCCCACCGAGAGUGAGGAGCUAGUCGUACGUGGGGGCCUGUCGGUGUCAAAGUAGUCCCAUGUCCUAAGGGGUUCAGUCGUGUUGAAGAUACUAGGUCCGGGGGAGGGUCUUGGUCGGUGGAGUCUCGGUUCCGGUCCAAAGGUGUCGUCGUCCUUGGGCGGACGGUAGAGUCCUGUCGAGUAGGGGUCAUGGUCCGGUCGCUCGGACCCCGUCGGUGGUGAGAGUGGGUGCUAGUGUCCGGAGUCGGUGUCCUAGGGUUAAAGCCGGUUGUAACCGUCGCUUGCUUGGAUUUCUCGUGGGUCCUUGGUCGGGGGCGCUUGGGUGGAGCGUCCAUAAUGGCCUUCAUAGGGGAACCAAUCGAGAUCCGGUCGAUUCUAAGGCCCACUCCUAUGAGGUCAUCCAUAACCAACCGAACGACCUCCUCCUCAAUCCGGAAUUUGCCCAGUGCCCAGCGUAAAGCUACCAGCCAAGCCUUUUGAUGGUCUAUUUUGACAGGUUUCAGUAGGUUAGUUUUAACCGUUGCGAUCAUCCCCUCGUAGUGUUGCUCUAGAAUUUGGAGAUUGACCUGCAGCCAAUUAGAGGCAUUGCCCCUAAGAAGUGUCGCGGUGGUAGCGGUUGGGAGGGCGGGCGUGGCCAGUUGAGACAGAAAGUUGGUCAUGCCCUGGAGUGAAGGGGGAACCUGGUUGGAUCUCAGUCCCUUCCUCAUCUGCCGAAGAUGGUGGUGUCCCCUCAACAAGUUGUAAAUCCACCUCGUCCAGGUCUGGAACUCCGUCUUUGGGGGUUCCAUUGUUCCGGACCGCGAUGGGUUGGGUUGUCCACCGUUCCAGUCACCACCCCUGCAAGGGGUAUACGGCUGAGGUAAAUCUUUCACAAAAGGCCCCGGGCCCUUGGAGGGUUGGUACAGGGUGGGUAGUGGAAAGAGGGUGUGUGUAGGAAGAGUGUGUGUCCCCUGUAUCCCCAGGUCCCGGUUAGGUUCAGGAGAUUCAAGUUAAGUCAAGUGUUACAGUUAGGUCAAGGAUAAAACUUCCCCGGAGAGAGGAGAGGAAGUGAAUAGAAGAAAGUCCAAAAGAAGGGUAGAAAAGAACGUGGAGCGAAAAGAGAAGAGGGUCCAGGUUGGGUUAGGGUAAUAGUAGGGUGCGCCAAGGGGCCAGGGUCAGUGGUUAGGAUUAGGGUAGGAGUAGAGGAGUUGAGGAUAGUUGUGGUUAGGGUGGGGGGGUUUUUGGUUUAGGGUUAGGUAUUUGUGUGGGAUUGUGUUUGAAAUGACUGAUUUGUCUGUGGUGCACUGGCCUGCCGCAUUAUUCCCUCCCCAAUUAUGUGUUAUGUGUUAUCUGUGGUAGACUAUGUGUGUGCUCUUAUACAGGAUGUGUAUGGUGUGUUGUAGUGUCCAAGGAUCAUAUUUUGGGUGAGUAAUCAGUUCUAACUAUGUCUGUGUGUUUACUGUGUUUUAUUAUGUGUGCGUGUGUUCUUUUACAGGUCGUAUAUGUUGUUCUGUGGUUCCUGGAGGUCAUGAUGUAAGUGAGCAAUCAGUUCUGGUUAUGUCUCUGUAGUUAUUGUGUUAGUUUGUGUAUAUGUGUGUUCUUAUAGUGUGUGUAUGAUGUGUUAUGGUUCCCGGGAGGUCAUGAAUGGGUGAGUGAUGCAUUGUAACUGUGUGUACGUCUUUAUAACUUUGGAUUAUAUGUAUGCUUUUAUACGAAUUUGUAUGGUGUGUUGGGUACCGACUCCCGAGGAGGGGACUGUGGCACAGGUCAGUGGUGUAAUGUUGUGUAAGGCUACUGUGGGAAGCUAUAGGAAAGGGGGGGCACAAGGGUAUAAGUGCUGUAAAGGGUUUAGUAGGGGGGUAAAAUCAUACAGGGGGAGAUGCCAGAUCUCCCAAGUGCUAAGUAAAAUAAGUGCUAGAAGUCAAUAAGUGUUUAAAAAUAAAAACAUAAGUGCUAUAAAACCAUAAAUACACGCACACAUAUGAAUAUGAAUAUAAAAAUAUAAAAGCAUAAAAAGCAUAAAAACAUAAAUGUUAGUGGCCCCAGACAAGGAAAAAAUGUAGGUAAACAGAGGGUUGUUGUUGUAUUAUGAUAAGACCAGUUUGUGUUCCCAUUUCCCUGUUGUCACUUCCCCUCCCAGGGGGACCUAUUAUGUGUAUGAUUAAUAUUUUUCAUUCAGACCUCCGGGUAUUAUUGUUUGUAAUGUUUGUAUCCAUCUGCGUUCCUGUGCCCUCCGUUGCCCCACGGUCCAUGAGGACUGUGCCUGAAGGCCACAGAUGGUAAGAUGUGUGACGGGGUGUUCCUGAAAGUGUGUGAUGAGAAAUGACUCCCACAAUCGAUUCUUCAAUUUGCCCGAUGUGCCUUAACAGCAUCUGAGGAGGGCACAUUUGAUAAAGAAUGUAGAGGAGCGAAAACUCCUACUUAACAUGGCAGGCGGGCGGGUCAAUAUCCGCUUCGCCCCUUGUCCAGUCGUGGGCUGCAAAUACCGCAGCUCAAGACUGGACAAGCACCUCCAGGAAGGCCACCCGGAGCUGACCCGAACCCGGAUGGCCAUGGAAGUAGUCGCUGCCAGGAGGGCGGUGCCGGUCAGCUUCUUGGCUGUCUGAGGGCCACAAACCCUCAGAUAGCCAUGAUCUCAGAUUUUGACCUGGAGGUAAGCCAAGACGACGACAUGCAGGGAGUUGAUGACGUUGACCCGGGGCUGGUCUGCCACAGAGAAGAAUGCGUGGCUGGGAGGGCGGAGCUCCAGGACACAUUUGCGACAAUUGAGAGGAAGGAGAGGCAAUCUCUCCUUAUCAGCAAAAUAAAGGUUCUGACCAGAAAACUCCGCCGAUAUCAGAAGGUGGUCAAAGAGAUGAAGGAAGGUGCAGCCGGGGAGUGGAGGAGGUGGAGGAGCGGGAUGAGCGUUUGGAGGAGGAUGAGCGGGUGGAGGCCGGGCCAAGCAGGGAGGUCGAUGAACAGAGGGCAACCUUCAAGGGGAUGGGGAGAGGUGCGGCCAUGCGGCAUCUGGUCCUCCCUCCCAGUAUUGGGAAAUGGAAAAAACUCUUUUGUGGGGGCAUACCAAUCCUUCCACGAAAGAAGCCACCGAACAAAUAAACAAGUGGAAAUUGCACUAUCAAAAGCCAGUCGGGUGAGGUCGUUUUUAUUCCACCUCUCUGUGGGUAAGAGCGACCUCGCCUCCUGGCUUUUCUUAGAUAUGCCCGGCAUUCAGAAAUACACAGCUGAACUGAUGCAAGAGGGCAAAGAGGUCACCACAAUAAACUAUUACCUCUGCAAUAUCCUGCAGUUUUUGACAUACCUGCAGGAGACCCCACCAAAGUCAUGCAGGUUGAGGAGGGCCCAGAUCAGCGCGAUAACAAGGGCGGUCCAAAAGGCUCUCCAAAACCUUGCAAGGCCAAUUGUAUCGCAUCAGCUGAAGGUCAAGGCUGCUAAGAUGAAAAAGACUGUAUCCAGGGCUAGCCUGAGGAGGUGCCAGGAGCAGGCCAGGCUGGUCAUCCCCGAGCUGCUGACCGACUACAACCUCAGGGACGAUUUCUAUGGGUACUUCUCGGCCUUCGUCAUCUCCAUUUUUGGACACAGCCCGGGGGUCCUGACGAAUAUGACCGUCCCUGAGGUUGAGGCGGCCAAACAAGAUCCUCUGCUCCCGACCGACACCGGCUACGUCAUCACUAUUGACGAACAUAAGACCAAUACAGAUUUUGGGGGGGCUCAGAUCUUCCUGACAUUCGAGGAGUUCUCCUGGCUGGAGAGGUUGCUCGAAAUCAGGAAGCAUCUGAGCCCCAAAAAUCUGAGGGUGUUCGUCACUAGGGGUGACGGGCCGGUGAAGAACCUGGUUAGGAAUUUACAAACGGCCUGGGCCCAGAUGGGCCUGCCUGGACGGCCCACCUUUACUGACAUCAGGACGGCGGUGUCUGCACACGCCAAAAACGUCCAUGAUAAGCGCACCCGAAACCGGUUGGCAACCUUUAUGUGCCAUAACACAGCAACUGCUGACCGGUUCUAUGCGCUUGUCAUGGACCGCAGCCAGGCGAGGGAAUUGAGGGGAACAUUUGAGGAGGUGACAGCCUCCUCCUCCUCCCAUGCCACCAGCAAGGGGGGGCACCGAGCGCUGCAGCAACGGUACCGGAAGGCGGCCGACACCUCAAGCGGGCACAGUGGUGAAUCGGCUGCAGGGCAGGAGGAGCCCACCGCCAAGCGGCAACAGCCUGAGAGUCAGGCAGAGGAGGAAGAGGACCAGCAAGUUAUACCCAAGGGAUUAAAAAAAAUUGGUGGUCAUGAUAAGCCCCCUGCAACGGGCAAAAGAAAAAGGAGAAGAAUUCCAAAAAGGAAGAGAUGA